CAAAAUGUCACUUUUCAAGAUACAUAAUACCCGUGCCGGUUUCAAAAAUUUCCGACAUCGACCGCUUCGACGUUGCGAUACAAGUGAAAACUUUUAGAUAGUUCAGACAAAUAAAUAUUGCUUCAUCAAAGAAUGCAAUCAUCAGAGCCUUACAACACCAAAUCCAAGAGCAUCAUUCGAUAUACUCGUAUUUCAAUAAUGAGACAUGCAAUCAGAA